AGGGUCAGCAGUCGCGAGAGCUGUACUGAGCGCAAGCAGUACUCCGCGACGCGUAUUACUUGUGUCUCGCCACAGUACCGCCAGAGCCCACGCGGAACUAGCCAGAAAUCUUUCAGAGGAUCAGCUUCAACGGCUUGAGCCGCCCAUGGACGCAGACAUAACCAAACUAGACACGCUCGGCCCGGCUGUGGAGGGCGCCGAUGUGGUCGUGUCGCUGGUGGGACUCAUGCAAGGCAGCGUGGAAGAUUUUGAGCGCGUACAGUGGAAGGGCGCAGAAAAUGUAGCGAAAGCGGCAGGGAAAGCUCACGCGAAAGUCAUCCACAUCAGCGCCAUCGGCGCAAAUUGCAACAGUCCUGUGCCGUACGCCCGAACGAAGGCCCUCGGAGAAGACGCGAUCCUGGAUGCGUGCCCGGACGCAACAAUUAUACGGCCGAGCAUCUUAUUUGGGAAGGGAGACGGCUUUUUUACUCGCUUUGCACAGCUGGCGAAAAUCUUGCCCGUUAUGCCAGUCUUUGGUGGCGGUACUGCCAGAUUUCAGCCCGUAUUCGUCGACGAUGUAGCUCGCGCUAUCGAGAUCCUGAGCAGGAGGGAAAUUGAAACCAAUGAAGCAUGCGAUGGAAAGACUAUCGAGGCUGGUGGUCCGGAAGUUUUUACGAUCGUGAGAUUAUAG